AUGGCGCUCACCAACGUAUCUGCUAUCAAUGCAACGAUGCGAGCUGUUGUCUGGCAAGGAGAUGCAUAUAAUGUUGCUGUGGUGGACCUGCCAAAGCCUACUAUCAUAAACCAGACAGAUGUCAUUGUUCGGAUGUCUAGAGCAGCUAUUUGCGGAUCCGACCUGCAUAUCUAUCGAGGAACAAACCAAGGAAUGCCAGCUCCAUUUGGGCUGGGACACGAGGGCUUUGGCUAUGUAUCUGAGGUGGGAUCUGGUGUUGACUCACUCAAGAUUGGGGAUCCAGUGAUUGUCCCUUUCACCGUUGAUGAAGGGCAUCUGCACACCGAGCUCACCACACAGAUGUACGGCGGCUACGGGAAUGGAGGCAGUCUCGGUGGUACGCAGGUUCCAACCCUCGAAUACACCGACCCAAGCACCAAUGAUUCUGUUUCACUGCUGAACGAUUAUGUUAUGCUAUCCGAUAUAUUUGGUACCGGUUGGGCAUCUCUGGACUUCGCAGGGUUCGACGCAGGUGACACGGUCGCUGUAUUUGGGGCUGGGCCUGUUGGACUGAUGGCUGCAUACUCAGCCAUCUUGCGAGGUGCAUCUACUGUCUACAGUGUUGACUACGUGCCCGAGCGACUGCAGCUUGCCGAAUCUAUCGGAGCUAUCCCUAUCAAUUUCCGGAACGCCGACCCAGUGGAACAGAUAUUAGCACUGGAGCCGAACGGAGUUGCUCGGAGCAUCGACGCGGUUGGAUAUGAGCAGGUGAACAGAAAUCUCACCGUACAGUCGGACGUCAUCAUCCGUAACAUGCUGGCUGUCACUGCCACCGGAGGUGGAAUGGGCACAGUCGGGGUUUACUCGCACGAAUCCAACAAUACCUCAACUGCGCCUCGUGCCUCGACCGUCCAUACUCAUGUCGAUUUCCCACUCGCCGAAUUCUUCUACGGAGAGUUCACUUGGGGGGCUGGACCAUCGAAGCCAAUCGAACUUGCGCCUGAGCUUCUGCACCUUGUCACGUCCGGCAAAGCGAGACCGGGGUUUAUAGUGAGCGAUGUCAUCAACAUUGAGGACGCUCCGGAGGCAUACGCCAGGUUUGAAAGACAUAAUGCCACCAAGGUCAUCAUCACUUUUGACUAA